UCUCUCUCUGUACAGGGCAGCUUCGUGGCCAGCAUGACCGCUACUCUGAGACAGAUGGACGACUACCACUACACUCACCUGAUCAACACCUUCGGCAAGAUGAGGACCGACGUUGUGGAUUUCCUGAUGGAAACAUUCAUCAUGUUCAAGGACCUCAUUGGGAAGAAUGUCUACCCUGGCGACUGGGUCAUCAUGAACAUGAUGCAGAAUAAGAACGGCAGUCUGAAUCAGGAGUGUGGAAUGGAACUAUUUUUAUGUCUGUCAUGAAACCACACGGGUCUCGAGAGUCCACACGGACCUCAGGGUCCACAUGGGCCUCGGGAGUCCACACGGUCCUCGGGAGUCCACACGGGCCUCUAGAGUCCACAUGGUCCUCAGGGUCCACACGGGCCUCGGGAGUCCACACGGGCUUCGAGAGUCCACACGGGCCUCGGGAGUCCACACGGUCCUCGGGAGUCCACACGGGCCUCAGGGUCCACACGGGCCUCGGGGUCCACACGGGCCUCGAGAGUCCACACGGUCCUCGGGAGUCCACACGGUCCUCGGGGUCCACACGGUCCUCGGGAGUCCACACGGUCCUCGGGAGUCCACACGGUCCUCGGGAGUCCACACGGUCCUCAGGGUCCACACGGGCCUCGGGAGUCCACACGGUCCUCGGGAGUCCACACGGUCCUCAGGGUCCACACGGGCCUCAGGGUCCACACGGGCCUCGAGAGUCCACACUGCAAACAGAUGAGGGAGAGGCGGAUGAGGCAAACAAUAGCAUGAAUGAGAGUCUGGGUUUGUUUGGGGUUUUUAACAGAAGGCUAAUCUCCAAAGUGACUGUUCUCCUCUGAUCGUCCUCAUCUUCUUUCCUUUGUUGCUGCUUGUAACUAUUGUAUUUUAUUUAGGUGGUU